AUGCCGUCCCAAACCCAGAAGUCCGACUCAUCGGCUUCCUCUACAAAGUCCAUCCCUCCCGCUCAGCUCAUCUCUCUCCCGAGCCUCUCCUGCUCCCUCUCGUCACUCCCACAAGCGAAGAGCAUCGACGGCCUGUCGCUACAUCCCACCAUGCUCGCCCAGCACAACGCGGAGAGCCAGGCAAAGUUGCAAAAAGCUUUGUCCAAAUCGGCUGCAAAUGCCAACCUGCCCCACGCAUACGCUGCCCCUCACCCGCAACCCAUGCAGUACUCGCCCUCCUCCAACUCCCCACCACUGAUGAUGCGGAAGCCCACGAAAACAAAAAUUCAAGUCUGA